GGUUGGCAACGGGUGUGCUCUGGCUUUUUGGACAACGCACGUUCUGCCUCUGUUGUUUACCAUACCGGAUCCAGUCCCGACUUAGCCUUUGCGUGUUACAGCCUAGCCUGGUGACGAUCCUAUCCGGUCCUUUGCGAUUUAAUAUCAAAACUACUACUACUCAACUUACUUGGUGCGGUAAACAACAACUUUUGCACCCAAAGCCCAAACCGCAUCACUAUGAACAAUGGCGAGACUCAACGAGCCACCAGUUUCUGCCGACAGCUUGGAAAUCCUGCGAAGGAAGUUUUUGCGACAAAAUCGUGACAUUGCACGCGUCAACUCUACGCAAUCGCUACGAAUUCGCAGUCUCGAGAAUGAAUGUGCACGCCUACUAUCAGAGAACCUCGACCUAAGGGGACAGAUCCUGCGACUAGAGAAGGCAGCCGAGAACAAUCCUGCCGGUCGCAUCGCAGACCAUGCCUUGGAGAUCAAGGCCAAGAUGGAGCUUCAGCUGCUCGAGCUGGGUUCUCUACUUGACAGUCUAGGCCUUGAGCCGCCCAUGAAGAGACGGUCGCCCAACAGGGGAGAGAGGAAAAUUGCAAAGCCUAGAAGAAGCAGUCUAGGCCAGAGCCCACGCCAGAAGAAGACGAAAGAGAUGAGCAUCGAAGACCAGGAGUCAUUGGCAGCACAAGAAGGCCGCCUACCUCCGAUUCACGAGCACAAGUCCUACCCGCGCCAGACUUUGAAUCGCCGUGAAAUUCUUGCUUUAUGUUCUGAAUCCGAGGCUGAUGCUGAGGCUGAGACCUCAACCGACUCACCCGUCUUGGGGCCACCUCCAGUCUCCAAAUACGUCGAAGAGGAGCCUGAGAAAGUAGACUCUCCAAACACUGCCAGGCGUGUGCUUGUAUAUUCAGAUAUAACCGUCUCGGAAAAGACCAAUCUGGCUCCUCCCAAGAUUGAUCCACCGGAAACAACUGCCAUUCAGAGUCCUGCGAAAAAGGCACCCCGGAGGCCAGAACCGAAAGUAACCCCAGAACCAAAAGCCGAUGCGCUUCAAUUACCAAUUCCACUUGCGCCAGCGCCAGUGCCAGCGCCUGUGAAACCCGAACAAACCGUCGCGAAGUGUGGAUCUAAGAGAAAACAAGCAGUCGCGGACGAGAAUGAGCCUCCCAGCUUCACAAAGGACAACAACACCUUGUCUAAUUCACAAUCGACCCCCGAUAAGCCAAAAUCAGCAACAGUCCGGGAAAUCAAGAACAGGAGGAAUUCUAGAGGCUUGCCUGGGGCACGAAGGGAAGCCCGGGACAGAAAGUCUAGCGCUGCUGCGCCUGCCCCGGCACGACCUGCGCUCGCUGCAAAGAGCACGAAUGAGGAUGUAUCAUCUCCUAGGAAGCUCCCAGCCAAGGGAGCCGCUGUGGACUGUGAGAAACCUAGCAACAAGGCGGUCACUCAGAGAGAAGUGAAAACCAAAGCAGCGCCGCCGCAAGCGCAGGCAGAACCUAUUCCGAUACUGCCAAAAUCGCCUUCUCCACCUCGAGUGAUGAAUAUCCACCCAGCGGAACUGGCAGCUCCAAAUCCUGCCGCACAGCUGCCCCCUCCAGGAACUCCUGGAAGGGCUGGUGUCAAGGAGACAUUCUGCGACACGCCGCCGCCCCCAGACAUUUCCUCCGGAGGCGACACAGCCAGACCGAGCAGGAGAUCCAGAGCGUCGGUCAGCUAUGCAGAGCCGAACCUUAGGGAUAAGAUGCGACGGCCGAGCAGUGAACUGACGGAUGCCGUGUCCGGCAAGACCAAGUAUAAGCAACGGGCUUCUAUCAGCCACGACACGGCCCCGGCACCAAGAUCAGCAGCCAAAGAAAAACCGGCGGCAUGCACAUGAAAACACAAGGAAAACCGAAAUGAUUGAUGAUGUAUGUCUGUACUGCUAGAAUUCUGCUGCAAGCGGUUUUUUUUUGUUUGUUUUUUUUUUCAAAAAAGGAGUUUUUACAGGACUGGUUUUUCAAGGUGUUUUAAGUGUACAAUGAAAUAAACAAUAUUGUCGAACAAACGAUACUUUUGCCUAUGGCGUGCCCUCAACAUACGUUGCGUGUUUCUUUUUCUUACUUUGAGCCAAACGCUCUGGGUGCUCAUCCAGAUGCCGAUAGAUACCUG